GUCUCAAACUCCAACAAAAAUAAAUCAUUCCCACUUGCUUUACUAUCUUUACAUGGAUCCAAGGGAAGGAACAAAAAGUGUUGGUUUUGAUGCCAAAAGGGUUUAAAGGAGAGGAACAUAUCGAUCUAGAGACCGAAAUGGCACCUAGCAACAAUGUCAUCGGAGCCAUCAACUUCGUUGCGAUGCUCCUCUCAAUCCCAAUCAUUGGUACAGGAAUUUGGCUCGCAACAGAGCCAGACAAUUCUUGUGUAAAACUUUUACAAUGGCCUGUCAUAAUUUUAGGCAUCUUGUUCCUGGUUGUGGCCAUCGCCGGCUUUGUGGGAGCGUUUUGGAGGAUCCCAUGGCUCCUUAUCUGUUACCUCAUUGCCAUGCUGGUUCUUAUAAUCUUGCUUGCUGCUUUGGUGGUUUUCAUCUACAUGGUCACUAUUAGAGGCUCCGGCCACCUCGAACCGAGCCGGUCUUACCUAGAAUAUCAUCUUGAUGAUUACUCCGGUUGGCUUCGCCGUAGAGUUCGAAGCCCUUUUAAGUGGGAACGCAUAAGAACUUGUCUUAGUUCUACAAAUAUGUGCGCUGAGUUGAAUCAGAGUUACAGCAUGGCUCAGGAUUUUUUUAACGCUCACAUUACCCCCUUACAGUCAGGAUGCUGUAAGCCACCCACACAAUGUGGUUACACGUUCGUGAAUCCAACGUACUGGAUAAGUCCCAUCAACAACGCAGCCGACAUGGAUUGCCUGAAUUGGAACAACGACCAGACCCAACUUUGCUUCAACUGCGAUUCCUGCAAAGCUGGAUUACUUGCUAAUCUCAAGAAAGAAUGGAGAAGAGCCAACAUUAUAUUGAUCAUCACUCUCAUUGCUCUCGUUGCCGUUUAUUUGAUAGGCUGCUGUGCCUUUCGGAAUGCCAAAACCGAAGACCUUUUCCGCAAAUACAAGCAAGGCUAUACCUAAUUAUCAUAUAAUCUAUAUUAAUUAGGAUGAAUAAUUCAGUCCUUUUCUUUCUCUAGCUUGUUUAAUUAAUUUUAUUUAUCUCGUGACAUGAACAUUACUAGGUGGUGUUGUCUUAUCAUAUUGGUUAAUUUUAAGGUUACUUUUGGUUAUGCUUCA